UUUAGUUAAUUGAUGAUUUUCGUUUUUUCUUAAGAUGUUUAUAUAAUCUGAAAUAAGAGAGCGCGGGACGAGAGAACUGGGGUUUUCGAUUGUUACUGGGGAAAUUUUGGUGGUGGUGACACAAUGAGUAAACCUAACACCCGAAACAAGAACAAAAGGCAAAGACCAGACGCUGUUGAUUCUUCUUCUCAGAUUCUCCGGAAAAUUCACGAGGCUAAUGAUGUAACUGAUGAUGACAUAAACCAACUUUUCAUGAUAUGGAAGCCAGUUUGUCAAGGUUGUCGUGUAAACACUCGUGACAAUCCUAACUGCUUUUGUGGGUUGGUUCCACCGGUUAAUGGAAGCCGGAAAUCGGGUUUGUGGCAGAAAACGUCUGAAGUUAUUCAGUCUCUUGGUCCAGAUCCGACCUUGGACCGUCGUGAUUCUGACUCUACACCGGCUGGUCUGACCAAUUUGGGUGCUACUUGUUAUGCCAACAGUAUACUUCAGUGUUUGUACAUGAAUACUGCUUUCCGAGAAGGAGUUUUUUCUGUUGAGGUUGAUGUCUUGAAACAGUAUCCAGUUUUGGAUCAGAUUGCUCGGCUUUUUGCACAAUUGCAUGCUAGCAAAAAGUCUUUUGUUGAUUCAGAUGCUUUUGUGAAGACGUUGGAGUUGGAUAAUGGGGUUCAACAGGAUACCCAUGAGUUCUUGACAUUGCUUCUCUCCUUGCUUGAGCGUUGCUUACGCCAUUCUGGAGUUUACAAAGCCAAAACAAUAGUUCAAGAUCUCUUCAGUGGUAGUGUCUCGCAUGUGACCACGUGCUCAAAAUGUGGGAGGGAUUCCGAAGCUUCGUCAAAGGUGGAGGAUUUUUAUGCCCUUGAGUUGAAUGUUAAGGGCCUCAAAACUUUGGAUGCUAGUUUGAAUGAUUACCUUAGCUUGGAGCAGCUUAAUGGCGAUAAUCAAUAUUUUUGUGGAAGCUGCAAUGCUAGAGUAGAUGCCACACGCUGCAUUAAGCUGCGCACACUACCUCCUGUUAUCACUUUUCAGCUCAAACGAUGCAUUUUCCUUCCUAAGACAACAGCUAAGAAGAAAAUCACCUCCUCAUUUUCCUUUCCUCAAGUGCUGGAUAUGGGAUCGAGAUUGGCAGAGUCUUCUCAAAACAAGUUGACAUACGAUCUCUCUGCUGUGUUAAUCCACAAAGGAAGCGCUGUUAACAGCGGACAUUAUGUUGCUCACAUAAAAGAUGAAAAGACUGGCUUGUGGUGGGAAUUUGAUGAUGAACAUGUGUCAGAACUGGGUAAACGUCCAUUCAAUGAAGCUUCUUCUUCAACUCCACAAUCUGAGAGUAAUGGUACGGCUAGUAGUGAGAAUAUCACAGAUGUCAUUCAAUCAGGCUCUUCAGACUGUAGGUCUGCUAUUAAGUCAGAGGUUUUCUCAUCCAGUGAUGCUUAUAUGCUGAUGUAUAGUCUUAGAUGCGAUAAACAGGAAAAUCAGGAAGGACAGAAAGAAAAUCCUAUUGACAUAUCUAAAGGAAAAGUUGAUAGUGUUCAACAGCUUAAAGGUGGUUAUCUUCCGUUACAUCUUUAUGAAUGGAUCAAUAAUAUGAAUGCAGUAUUCCUUGAGAGUUGCAAGCAAUAUGAUUUAAGAAAGGAAAAAGAAUUGAGUGCUUUGACUGAAAGGAGGCAAGAAGUACGGACUAUCCUUUCAGAAGCUGCUGUUCAGUCACUUGAAGAACAAUAUUUUUGGAUCUCCACAGAUUGGCUUCGUCUAUGGGCUGAUACCACUUUGCCUCCCGCUUUGGACAACACCCCUUUACUGUGUUCCCAUGGGAAAGUUCUUGCCUCAAAAGUAAAUUGCAUGAAGCGGAUAUCUGAACUUGCAUGGACCAAGUUAGAAUCAAAGUUCAAUGGUGGACCAAAGUUAGGGAAAGCGGACUACUGCAGGGACUGCCUUAUGGAUGGUGCUCGCAUGGUUGUCUCUUCUGACAGUUAUAGGGAUCGAAGAACAUUCAUGAAAAGCAUAGCAAAUGAUGUUCUUUCGGGAAAGUGUGAGGACGGAAUGUAUUAUAUCUCUAGAGCAUGGUUGCAGCAAUGGAUAAAAAGGAAAAAUCUUGAUGCUCCUACUGAAGCAGAUGCGGGGCCCACAAAUGCUAUUACGUGCAAUCAUGGAGAGCUGAUGCCAGAGCAAGCACCAGGGGCCAAAAGAAUUGUAGUUCCAGAGAAUUUCUGGUCAUUCCUUGUUGAAGAUGCUCUAAAAGUGAUGCCAGAAGAUGCUUCGGAUUGUACUUGUUUCCCUGUGGACUCCAGCCAAUGUUGUCAUUGCACAGAGGAACUUUCUGAGGUUGCAUGCCUUGAGGAUUCACUAAGAACAUUGAAGGUCAAGCAGCGCCAAAAUCACGAGAAGUUAGCCACGGGAAAGAAUAUACCAUUAACGCCACAAAGCCGAUAUUUCUUGUUGCCUUCUCCGUGGCUAGUGCAAUGGAGAAUCUAUAUUAACAUGACUGGAAAAAAUAGUUCUUCAGCACCAGAGCCUGAACGUCUUGAUGGAGUAAUUAAUACUCUCAAAUGCAAAAAGCACACACGACUCCUUGAAAGGCUCCCUGAACUUGUCUGCAGACGUGGCUCGUAUUUUCAGAAAAAUCCAUCUACAGACAAGCUGACAAUCAUCCCUGAGAUUGAUUGGAAAUAUUUCUGUGAGGAGUGGGGAGGGCUCAUGGAGAAUGGAAUAUCUGCUCUUAUUGAGGUUGGUAACAAUACAGACCAAAGUUCAUCCCCAGACAUCAUUGACCUUGAGAAGCAUUCUUCUCCGGAUGAUAAUAUGGAGGUUGAUGCUCAACAGCUUAUUCUCAGGGCAUCCCCAGAGAUUUGUGAGGAAUGCAUAGGAGAGAGAGAAAGCUGUGAGUUGAUGCAGAAACUUAGUUACUCUGAGGGAGAUGUAUUUGUCUGUCUUGUGCGUGGCAAGGAAGCUCCAAAAGCAAUGUUAGAGGCAUCUGACUCUAGCUUUGAGGUGGAUCGGCGUACUUCAAAGCGAUCUCGGAGAACAAAUUAUGGAAACCUGACAAGCCUGAAAGUGUCUGCGACAACGACUGUAUACCAAUUAAAGAUGAUGAUAUGGGAAUUACUUGGGGUGAUGAAGGAAAACCAGGAACUUCACAAAGGCACAAAAGUGAUUGAUCAGGAAUCUGCAACCCUUGCAGACAUGAACAUAUUCCCUGGCGACAAGCUUUGGGUGAGAGAUACCGAGAUGCAUGAACACCGCGAUAUUGCUGAUGAGUUAUGCGAUAAGAAGACAGGAGCUCAAGAUAUCGAAGAAGGGUUUCGAGGGACUCUAUUGACUGGGAAUAUCUCUUCUGAAGCCUGCUAGAAAUUGUAAUUUGAGAUCAGAGUGUAAAAACAAAAUGCGUGAGAAAGAGUCAUUGGCGGAUCAUCUAGAGGAGUAGCUGUGCAGGAGACGGAUGACACAUUUUUUGGGUCAGUUUUUUGUAAAGGCAGGCAAGGCAAGGCUUUGGAGCUUCAUUUUGUGUAAAAAACAAACGCUAUGAUUUGGAAAAAGCUUUUGCACAAGCUGAAUUUGUGUAGAUUCAAAGGCUUAUUGUGGAUGGCUAUAUUUAAAGCUGACUUUUGUGUGUGUAUUUUUUUAGUGUACUCUUUAUCUUAACGGGCGUUGCGUUUUAAAC